AAAAAUCACCAGCUUUGUAUCAAUGAUCGGAUACAAUUUGGCGAGGUUCAGUUUUAUUUCCAGAUGAACUUCGAUGGAAUUGUCAAGACUCUCGCUCUCAUAUCCCUAUAUUCAACACCUGAUUACGAGCUUCUAUUAGAGUCUUACAAUACUUUAUACUCAUGCACACAUCAAGGCAAUGAAUCACUCAUGGUUGUUGAGGUCUUCACAAUUCAAGCUGUCAUCGCAAUGUUCCCCCAUAAGCUCCCUGAUAACCCAGAACUUUGUUUCUUCCUUGUUGAAAAACCUGGUCUUGAUGUUGCUCAAUUUGCAGGUCAUGUUGAUGAAGACGACGAGGACAGAGAUGGAGACAGAGAUGAGGAUGAGUUAUAA